GGGGGAGCACUUUCGGGGGCGGAAGUGGAGUGGAUGGGGGAAGAGUUUGGUUGGCGCACAGUGCAGGGGGUUUGCUCACUGAUCUGAAGGCGCAGGAGGGAGGAUGAGACUCCACUUGCUGACCUGGGACGUGAAGGAUACUCUCCUCCGAGCGCGGAGGCCGGUCGGUGACCUGUACUCGUCGGAGGCCAGAAAGCAUGGAGUCCAGGUGAAAGCCGAAGAUCUCAACAAGUCAUUCGCUGAGGCCUACAGAACGCAGAGGAAAUCGUUCCCCAACUACGGCUUAGCUCAGGGCUUGAGCUCCAAGCAGUGGUGGGUCGACACGGUCAAGCAGACCUUCCGUCUCUGUGGGGUGAGCGAAGAUCGAGUUCUGUCCCCGGUGGCAGAGAAGCUUUACCGAGACUUUGCCAGUGCGGGCAACUGGGAGACGUUUGCUGACGUGAAGGGCGCUCUGGAUCACUGCAACAAGCUGGGGAUUCGGAUGGGGGUGAUUUCAAACUUUGACCGUCGCCUGGAGCAGGUCCUGUCUAGCUGUGAACUGCGGCACUACUUUGAGUUCGUGUUGACCUCGGAGGAUGUUGGGGUCACUAAACCGGACCAGCGAAUCUUCCGGGCGGCCCUGGAGAUGGCCCGGGUGGAGCCGCCGCAGGCCGCUCACAUCGGGGAUGACGUACGGAAGGAUUACCUGGCGGCCAGGAGCGUGGGGAUGAAUGGUUUCCUGAUACGAAGAGAUGAUGAGGCUCUGGAUGUAGAAGGAGUGGUACCCAGGGUCCACAUCCUCCACUCACUUCAACAGCUAUGCAACAUCCUGGAGUGAAAGUAAACUAAACUUUAAACUAACAGUGUAACUGGGUGAAAUAUGGCGAUGGUUGGUGCCAUUGGAAGCUGACGUGGAGCAGGUCAUUUACUAAAAUUCAGUUUGUCGUUAGGAAGUUUGACCGAAGGACUCAAUUUACAUGUGACCAUAAGGGAACCAUUCUUUCCUUAGGAACUCUGCCUCUGUACCUCUGGAUUGAGGCCUAUCACCUCAGUGUGUGUCACCUGCCGGGUAAAGAUGUUUCCUGUGGAGCAAGUUGGGAAUGUUGACUAGUUCUUCCAAUCAGUUUGAUAUGAAGAAGCCCUCACUGGUUUGCUUCCCAGAGUACCAAAAUAAUAAUAAAAUUGGUCACUCAAUCCACGACGGUUUGUGGGA